AUGCAAAGAAAGGUCUACGGUCCAUUCAACAGACAGUUAAGUGAUUCACAUCCCAUUCUUUUCUUAAUGGUCAGUGUUCGGCCUUGCGUAAUGGACAAUUGGUGUCAUCAUCAGGAAACUUUCACUAUUGAAUAUAAAAGCAGAGCACUGUUGAGCAGUGGAACAUUUGGAGAAUUUGAUCGUGAAAUAAGCGAACAAAUUGAGCAUUGGCAAUCAGGACAUCUUCAAAAUGCUGCUGAUGCAUGUAUAAGAGGCCGAUCAUCAUUCUUUACAGAAGCUGAGGAUUCGAAUUCAUUCACUGAAGAAAGUGAAGAAGAAGAGGGAUAUCGGAUGGCUUCUGUGGAAACGAGCUUAGAUGAUUCGUGUUACAAAGAUAGUGCUCUUGUACAAUUGGUUAAUUUGUUAAAGAAUAAAACAGAUUCGAUCAAUCUUAGUAAUCUUGAGCAAUUGGUCGAGACAUUAUUACUUAAAUGUAGUCCGAACGAUGCUGAAAUGAUAGUGAGAAUGGAGAUCGGAACUGGGAAGCAGAAGAUGGGUGGAAAGGUUGAGAACAAAAAAGACGAACUCAUUCAAGCACCACCCGUACUUGGUGUAGCACUACCAGCCAUGGUUGCAACACCUUCACCAGUUCCGCCACCGCCACCUCCUCCACCUCCUCCACUAUCAUCGGAUAUCUCCAGUGGUCCGCCACCUCCUCCACCGCUUCAGCUAAAUGCGAAAGGAUUUAGACCAAAGAAAAAAUUAGACAUACCGAAAGCAUUGAAACCAAAAGCUAUGCCCAAAGCUGGAUCACAGAUGAAACAAAUCCAAUGGACUAAAAUACCCGUUGAAAAGGUAAUUGGUGAUGGUAUUCAAAAUAUCCACAACGUUUGGAUGUCAUCCGCGCGACUUUCUGAAAAUGAAUUGCAUCUUAAUUUCGAUGAAUUGGAAUCGAUGUUUAGUUGUGCAGUUACUAGACCAUCUACUGAUACGUCAAAUGUUGAACGACGUACAACUAGAAAGAAUGCAGUAAUUACACUACUAUCACAUAAACGAAGCUUCAAUGUGAGCAUUUUCCUGAAGCAAUUCAAAGAAGGUACAUCACAAAUUAUCGAAAAUGUCCGAGAUGGUAAUGGAGAUUUUUUUGGUCUUGAACGAUUAAACAAUCUUCGUGCUAUUUUACCGGACAGUGAGGAGAUUGAAAUUUUACGAGGAUUUAGUGGAGACCAAUCGCAACUUGGUAUCGCAGAACAAUUCUUUUUAAGUCUGUUAAACAUGUCAGACUAUAAGCUUAUCUUAGAUUGUAUGAUUUUGAAAGAAGAAUUGGAUAUUGCUUUCGAAACUUUGCUACCUCAUAUUGAUACCGUAAUUAACAGUUGUAUAGAAAUUAAAGAAAGCAAAGCAUUGCCAAAGAUUUUUUGCAUGCUUGUACAGAUUGGUAAUUUUUUGAAUGCAAAUGCAACAUUUGGUAAUGCGGCCGGAUUUAAACUCAAUUCACUUUGGAGAAUUUUGGAUGUGAAAGGAGCACAAAAAAGUAUCACACUUCUCCAUUUUAUUGCAAUGCAAGAUCGUGAAUGUGCGGAAAAACUACUGAAUGAACUGUUAACGGUGCCAGUUGCUGCAAGGCUGUCAUUAGAAUCAAUCCGAAGUGAUGUUCGGACAAUCAGUGAUAAAUUGAUCAGUGUGAGCAGUGAAAAUUCACAAGAGCAUAUGGAAAAUAUGCAAGAGCAAUUAGAACAAAUGGAUCAGUUGAUUUCUUAUUUGGCAGCAUAUUUCUGUGAAGAUGAGAAGCAGUUCAAAAUUGAGGAAUGCUUCAAAAUACUGUCCACAUUCAUCUGUAGGCUUCGAGAUGCACUAAGUGAUAAUGAAAAACGCACAAGGAGACUAAAACGUUUGGAAGAAAAAAGCCACGGGGGAAACAUCGUAUCGGAUAGUUCUUCAAAGUCUAAUUUGUCAGAGAAAAUCAACAAUAACAAUAACAAUACUAGAACAUUGGAAGAACUUCUGGAAAGCAAUUCACAUUCGGAUAUCCGACACUCUCGACUUCGUUCAAAUGUCAGUCAGACAAGCAAUGUGAUGAAAUCAUCGAGUGAUGAAAAAAAAGAUCGUAAAAUUGUCCAUCGAACAGUUCGUAAGCUAAGGGAUGAAGUACCUGAUGAGGGAGAUGACAUGUCGCCAAUCAUGAAGUUGCGAAAACAAUCACGAAAUAAAAGUGAUGCUUAUUUGAUAAGGCAUAGUCAGAAUUUGGAUGAAUUCUUGGAGGUAGCUGAAAGAGUGGAAAAAGAAGCUGUAAAACAGUGUAACAAAGAAGUGUUUCAUGAAUUAGUUGAAAUAACUCCAACAUUCUCAACUUCUACAGAAAAUACAUCAUCAAAAAUGGAAGGGUAUAAAAGAGCGCUAUCAACAGAAAUAAUUCCCAAACAUAAAAACUCAACAGGUACUGCGCAACAUGCAUCAUUCAUUGAUCAAACGAUACUUUCUUCGAUGGAUAAAAUGAAGCAACGAGUUGCAGUGGAAAGAGUUGCCGAAAUUCCAUUAUCCAAGACAAUACGUAGCGUACGAACAUUAAAAUCAGUUCAGAAGACAUCUUCUGCACAAGCUUGUAGUGAAAAUUCACAAAAUUCACCAUAUCAAAUCAAAUUAUCUACAACUUCAAUAUCUCGUAAAUCUACAUCAGAACAACAAUCUGUCAACAAUUCACCUCCUUUUACAAUACAACUUCCUGCUACGUCUACGUCAACAAGUCGAAAAGUUGGAAUAUCAGAACAGACAUAUGAUAAAUUGAAAAAUAUCUCUUCCAAACCAUCAGUGCAAUCUGGAAAAUCAUUUACCACUGUUACAACCAAAGAAGCUGUAAUAAAACGACGUAACGGAAUAGCUGUAACGAGUAAAUCUGAAAUAGCUUCUUCAAGAACUUCCAAAACCGUGCCUUCUCGAAAAGCACGUUCUGGUACAGCUGGUACCAGUUUAUAUAACAUCACGUCUACAAAAAAUACAACGUCUAUACAUAUGACAAAAAAAUUAAGUUGUACUGCGGAUACUGAAAUACCAUGUACAUCGAAUACAUUAAUCGAAAAUUUAUCACAGCAUACACGUCCUACUAAUGGGUUAGUUAUCUUGGCUAGCCAAGAGCAGAAUGCUGGCUCACAAUUAUUUUGGGGGAGUCGAUUAAAUCAUGCUAAAUCAAUUUCAGCAGCUACAAAGAGUGUAGCGCAUUCUAAUGAUAAUACCGCAUAUCCUGCAACUUCAUCAAAUCAUGAUCCUUCAUCAUCCUCGAAGUCAACUUCCACUGUAUCACGUCCAAAAUCGAUACCGCACCAAACAUUGACAGUAACUAAUGCAACAUCAUUAGUACGGUCAACACCACCACGUUCCUCACCUUCCACAUCACGACGGCCUAUAAAAGCAACAACCAAAUCUGGUCCACAAAUACCAACUUCAACACCCGUAGCAAUAGCGAAUCCUCAUAAUAGGACAAUGAAACGUACCGAUUCCUGUAGUACCGCUUCGAGACCUUUACUAAUUAAAACUGGUACCGUAUCAAGACCUAGGUGGAAGUAA